AGUACCAAAAGGAUUUGAAUGAUUAUUAUGAUACAGAGGAUAACUCUUACCUUAAUGAUUUUUCGCUGCGCUUCGACUCACUUGAAAGACGAACAAGACCACUGCGCACUGGCGGUGUCAUGCGUGCACGACGGUGCGCCACUGUACGGCAUCGCGCCGGACAACCGCACCGCACGCCUCUUUCUCGACACUUGCGAUGUUCACGAGUAUAAUUGUGACCACAAAACGAAUUACAGGCCGUGCAUCGAACACCCAGUCACAGAAAUCUCAACUCGCGCAGUCAGAGAUUCGGACACAGAAGAAUUGUUGAAAAGAAAGUUAUCUAAAUUCCUAAUUGGAAUACGGACAUCGUCAAAAAGUCCAACGAAAAUAGCAAAACUAAAAGUCAAGCAUGGACGAAACAAAACUAAAAGGUUUCUCAUAACCACAAAAGUCAAUAAAAAGAUGAGAAGGGGAUAA